UCCUCUUCUCUCCCAAUCCUACUCAACAAAGGCAAACUCAUAUCAACUCUACUAUUUAUAUACCGCACCUUCCCUUCCUAUAAUACAAAAUCACAACAAAAUUUCUCUCUUCUAAAGAUAUAACCAUGGCCGAAUUAAUUUCCCAAACCUUAUUCUGCACUGUUCCUUUCUAUGAAAACCAAAUCAAAUUAACAGUUACAAAAAAGGCCACCGACGUCGAUAAGUGGAUUGGCCAAACAAUCCACAUUCACCGGCGUAGACUACACAAGCUCCUGAUUGGUCUAGACAUUGAGUGGCUCGCCUGUAUUAACCCCACUGAUAAAAACAACCCCAAAAUCGCACUCCUCCAACUCUGCGUCGGCCGUCGUUGCCUUUUAUUUCAACUUCUUCACGCUGAUUACAUCCCGAAUUCUCUCCGUGCUUUUCUCGCAAACCCUAACUUCACGUUUGUUGGUGUUGGUAUUCAGGGCGACGUUUACAAAUUGUUCCAAGAUCAUGGAUUGUUCGUAGCGAAUUCGGUUGAUUUGUACCAGUUAGCAUUGGUUGUACGUAAAUUUGAGCCUGAGUAUGGAAUAAUGGGGUUGAAGAGAAUGGGAUUGAAGAGAAUGGCGUAUGAAGUUCUUGGUAAAGUUAUGGAGAAGCCGUUGAAAGUUACGUUGAGUCAAUGGGAUGCUGAAGAAUUGUCGUAUGAACAAGUGGAGUAUGCUUGUAUUGAUGCUUUUGUGUCUUUUGAAAUUGGAAUGAACUUGUUUUCUGAGAUGUUGAACAGAUUGGUGUAUGAUCCAUAUGUAUCUGCUUUUGAUGUAAAAAUUUGAUGAAAUAUCAUAGGGAAUUAGGAAUGUAUAUUGAACAAAAUUGAUUUUUUUCUUUUGUAUCCAUAUGUCCAGUCUGAAUGAGGGAUUUGUAUGAUAUUUUUGUUAAAUUCUGAUUCAGUGUAUUGAUUUUUGGUAUCUUGUAUUGAUUCCAACAAGGAAGAUGUAUGAUUUUGGUUUUCUUU